AAAGAAUAUAAUUUUGUGUGUUGAAAAUUUGUAAAUACAAUACAACUAUACUUUUCAACUAAACCGUAGCCAAAAAAAGAAAACAAAACAGAACAAAAACAAAAAGAGCACUAGCCGUAUGUUCGAUGCUAAUACAUUUCUGAAGAAGUUAUGUGUGUCACAUCAGGUUUUAUUGCCUACAGUCUGGCUCCAAAAUUACUUCAACGCCAUCUAGACACCAAACACUUGUGAUUGAUAGUAUUUGAUGCCCCCAAACAUUCUAAAACAGCAACGUCAUGCGCUUUAAUUUAAGAAUAUUCACAAGAACAUUCUAAGCCUAAAAUCGGCAGAAAAAUAAGAAUAUUCAGCCAGGGCCGAGAAAACAAUAUUCUUAGAAAAAGAGUGUAUUUCAUUUUCUCUAUUUGGAAUGGACUCACCUUCCCUGCUCCCAAAGGUUUUCUUUAUUUGUGCUACAUUUAGCUAAUGAGAGAAAGAAAGAUAGCGCUGGAACAAAGGCUAGUAAUACUUCUUCAGCGGCCAUUUAAUUCAGAGUUCGACUCAGUCUGCUAUAGUAGUUUUGAAAUAAAGAAAUUUAACCUCUUCAUCGCUUUGUGGGUAUAGCGGGCACUUACAUCGAUUCGAGAGUCGCCUUCCCUGCUAGAUUCGCCGUUUUUUGUGGCCUCCUCCCGAUAUUUCUGUAUAAUCAAUUCAGGUUCUCCUGCGGCGAUAGAUCAAAUCUAUUUUUAAAACAAUCAAUGAGAUGCAUGUAAAGAUAACGAAGGUCAUUAAUCUGAAGGCUCUAAAGGAUGUUGUAAAUGUUUUCGAAGCUAAAUUGCUUAUUCAAGCACGUCAACGACUUCAAAGUUAAACACGUUUUGCGUUUUAAGCGGAGUUCUUGGUAACUCUCUUGUCUGGCAAUCAGCAAGUGUAGAUGGAGAACAAGGGAACGGUGAUUUAAGUUGGAAUUUCGUUUCAGUAGCGGAUGACCGAAGCUAAGAGACAACAGCCGUAUGCUGAAACAUUCAAAGCAAAACAGGUAUGCAGUACAGUGUGACUCGAAAGCUUGCAAGGAGAAAAUGAACAACAGCUUAUCGGAAGAGAACUUAGCAGACACAAAAAGCUCCUCAGGAAACCAGCUUUGUUCCCUGUUGAAACAAGUACAAACGGGAAACGACAUUACGUUUGCGGAAUUUCGAGCGGUGUGCGCUUUCAUCUCGUCUGCAAACGCCUUCUUUGCCGUUCUAGCCAUUCUUGGUAACUGUGUGAUUAUUGCAACUUUUUAUCGGUCUGAAUCACUGAGAACACCAUCCAACCUGCUCUUGCUUGGUUUGUCGUUUUGUGACUUGUUCGUCGGCUUAGUUACUCAACCUUUGUUUGUGGCUGAAACAGCUUUAGUCGCUGCUAAUUCAGGCGUAGCUUGCACAUUCAAAGAUUUGUAUGUAAUAUUUCUGUUCUUGUUUUCGUCGGCUUCUAUGCUGCACGUUUGUUUAAUCAGCGUUGAACGUUCCAUUGCCAUAGUUCAUCCUUUUAAACAUCAUCGCUUUAUAACCAAGAAGAAAGUUCUGGUAGUUUUCUUGGUGUUUUGGAUUUCAUGGGCGCUGCUGACCAUUUUCACUCGACGCGAGCAUGGAGGGGGCCUCAUAGGCUACUCACGUAUGGCGUUUGUUAUUUUCAGUGCUUUAGUGGUUCUUGUAAUAAACAUCCGGCUGUGGAUAGAAGCUCGGAGACAUUCAGCGCUCAUUCGCCUGGUUGAAAAUUCUUUACAAAGUUACCCGCCAUCGGAAAGUUCGGAAAACACAGGGGUGCGCGGUAAUACCGCACGUGAUACCAAGGCAGCGAAGACAAUUGUGCUUAUCAUUGGUAUUAUGAUUUUGUGUAAUUUGGCGCUCAUAGCAACAUUCACUGCGCGCAAGUUUUAUAAUGUGCGUGGACGAGUGGUGACUUUGCUUUGGUUUGCUGCAAACACGAUUGUUCUGUUAACUUCCGCACUGAAUCCUGUAAUUUAUUUCUGGCGUAGAAGAGAGUUCAGGAUUUCCGUUAGAAGAAUGUGUGGUUGGCAAAAUGCUGUUGGAGUGCAGCAGUAAUAACCAGCCCGUUUUAAGUCGCCCUAAGAAGACGACGAACUGUUAGAUUCGAGUUAGAUGCAAUGGCUAACUUGAUCAAUAACAAAGAAUUCUGGAACGCCUGUAGUCUGCAGUUUGCCAAAUCAUACACCGCUUUUUGAACGGCAGUUUUCGACUUGCCAGUAUGUGAGAAAAAGAACUUUAUUUUGCGAUUUCGCUUCACUUUGUUUGGUUGUUUCAAAGUUUAUGAUUUACUCAGACAGAUCAAACGAUUUCAAGUGGAUAAAGUGAGUUGAAAAUAAAAUAAAAGAACCGAACUGUA